AUGCGUGCCCGCCGUGUUCCUCGCCUUGUGAUGUACAAUGCGGCCACUCUCGAUGCCCGCAAAAGUGCUCUGAGCCAUGUGCCCCUUGUGCAGUUUCUCGAUGCCUUUCUUCAUGUCCGCACAGCUCUUGCACCAUGCCUUGUGCCGCACCUUGCGAUCAUACCCCGUGCUCGCUACGAUGCGAAAAGAUGUUACCCUGUGACUUGUGGAUCCGACGAAGUCAAAGAUACGCCGGUCGACUUUAUCCUAGGGGAGCCAUACCGCGACAUUGAUCUAAUGAAGAACCCGUGCAUCUUCCCUCAGUGUGGUCACUUCAUGACCAUUGAAAGUAUGGACGCGCAAAUGGACCUCAAAAAGCAUUACGUUUUGGAUGACAUGGACAAGCCAAUCUCAAUCUCGUCAUCUUCGGAACCAUUUGCUAUCGACGACAUUCGAACAUGUGCAACAUGUCGAGGUUCAUUGCGCAGCCUAUCUCGUUACGGACGACUGGUGAGACGUGCUCUAUUAGACGAAGCGACGAAGAAGUUCAUCUUGUAUUUGAAUCAGCAAUAUGUGCCACUGGCCCAGGAGCUACCAGAUGUCCUGUCUAAACUGCAGAAAUGCGAAGGAGCUGCGACCACAGCCGCAAGGGUUUUUCACGCCGGCAUCGACAUUAAACUGCAGGGGCCACCCGGGGACCAAGUUUUGUUGAUGAGCAGCUUGGUCAAUAAAAGGGACAAGCGGCGUUGGAAAGAAAUAUUAAGUCUUCGGCGCAGCAUAGUAGAUUAUCAAGCACGCGUGAAGAUGGAAGAGCAGCCAUUCAGCCAAGUCCACAAUAUGGUCGAAGACGCACGUCGACGCAAGAAGACAUCCGGCCAGUUCGUUUUUGAUGAAAACGUCCUUCAAACAAAGGGCCAAAUACAAGCUACCUCGCUACUACUUCGAUUGGACACGGCUCUCCUCGGUGAUUUCUUCUCCAUGAAGAAGCUUGUCCGCGCCGGCACAGACUCAGGAGUCCUACAUGUCAACCUCAACGAGAACAGGGAAGAAUGUCAACGACUCAUUGACGACGCAACAAACUCGCAUCGCAUCUUUCAACGAACCGAAGGCAAUAUUUUUCUCGCUCAAUUAUGUGCCUUCGAGCGACGAAACGUGAAAGAACCGACUCAAGCCGAGACUCUGUUAACGCAGGCUAAUGCUGCUAUUGAAGAGGCCCAGCGGCUUUGCGAUAUGCACCCUGGGCAGACACGCGGUCUUUUAGAUGAAAUUGAGGGCACCAAGACCAUGAUUGGUGGGGAUACAUUCUAUACCCCGGUGACCAAUGAAGAGCGCAUGGCUGUUCUUGCAGCUAUGGCGACAGAAUUUCGAGGAACCGGACACUGGUACUACUGCGAAAAUGGACAUCCAUUUACGAUCGGCGAGUGUGGAGGUGCCAUGCAAUUAUCGAGAUGCCCCGAGUGUGGAUCGGCCGUAGGUGGUCAACAUCAUCAAGCGGUCGGUGGAGUGACGCGUGCGCAAGACUUGGAGGAAAGAUUGAGAGAUUUACAAAUUGGUUCUUGA